CGUUCUGCUUUGUGCACCACCGGUUCUCGCUCCAUAAAUAUUAAUUUCAUAAAUUUGAUUGACUUUAAUUUAACCAAUAAUUAAAUUAAACAUUAGGUGUGCAUAUCGUUAAAUAGAGUGAAAGAUGGGGACGUUUCACAAGAUAAGUGUUAGUGUGGCCACGCUUAUCUUACUUUUGACUUUUAGUGGAAUUGUUCAUGGACACGUGAAGUUGAACGUGCCUCGAGUUCGGCUACCCUAUUUUGAAACGAUUAGUAUAAAUUUUACUUUAAAAGUGGACUCGCCAGGAUGUUAUGCUUGGUCCAUCAGUAGAACUGAUGUCGUAACAAUCACCACGUCGUCCUCUUCUCCAUCAUCGUACAGUGACUACGACGGGACGCAAUGUUCCGACUCUGCCGUGAUAAGCACCAUCCCACGGGUGUCAUCUUGCUGUCCCGCGACAGCAAUCAUCUUUGCAGAGGACGUCGCCACGAAGGAGACGGUUCGUUGCGAUGUCAUCGUCGACAAGAUCUCCGGCAUCCAGAUUCUCACGACCACGAAGGAGCUUCAUCUUGAAGAGGCACCGUCCAAGUUUCACAUUCAGGGAUACGGCAGCAAAGAUAACGAGCUUAGUACAUUGGACGGCGUCCCAUUUACCUGGCUCUUAGAGUCUGCAAAGCAGAAAGAGACCUCCACCCUGAUCGACCCCCAAAGCAUUAUGAGAUUCAUCCCCUUUUCUGAAUCCCCUUAUAAAGCGACCCCCGGUGUUGCGGCGUUGGAGGCUAAACGCAUGCAAGGUGACACUGUCCUUUUGGAAGGAAUUAAGACAGGUUCAGCGGAAGUGAUUGUUCGAAUUAACGAUCCUCUCUACAAGGGCCUGGAAGCACGCGCUCGGAUCAUCGUGGUGGCAUCUCUACUUCUCGAACCAAGUGAGGCCUACGUCAUUCCAGGCACGAUCCUCCCUGUUACUUUGUGGCAGAUCAAGCACGGGAAAAAGUUUCAAAUCCGCCUCCCCUCUUCCGUCUACAUCUUUUCGGUGGAGAAUGAGGAUGCCAUCUCGUACGACCGCACGUCCUCCCAACUCACAGCCCUCAACUAUGGUGAAGCCAAAAUCAAUGUCAUGGACAAAAACUGGAUCGACGAGUUGGAGGAACACUCGGAAGCUUUGACAGCUAAGAUUCACGUCACAGAGCCGAAAUAUUUAUCUCUAUCCGUGUUUCCGUAUAAAAAUUGGGCUCUGGUUAUGGGGAAUGUGUAUGAGGUGCAGGUCGACGUGUACAAUGUAGAGAAUCAGAAAAUUUUCGUUGGAGAUAAUUGUUUCGUAUCCACAAUUUUUGAUCCGAAAUACUUCCGUGUGGACUACUCUUCACCCAACGGCACGUACCACAUCGGUGUCCCCAUCAAACUAGGUUCGUCUUACGUGACGGCCGAGCUGCAGAAAAUCGUCUUGGCUGACGGAACAGAGAGAAAGUUUAGCCCUCAGCCCAGAGUAAAGACGGAGAUGGAAAUCUUUCAAAAUGUCGCCAUCAAUCCGAAAGAGACUGUUCUGCCCUGGGAUCCGAAUGUCAUGCCGAAAUAUGAGCUCCGUUGGAAUCCUUCUGGUGGAAACGGAAAUUACGUUUGGACCUCGUCUAACACCUCUGUCGUUACUGUCUCGCAAUCCGCCACUGGUCGCACCGAGUGGUUCGGCUCCGCCAAUGUCACCGUGUCCACGACAGUCAAUGUGAACAUGAGGAAUGUCGCUCGGGUUCAUGUCCUUCCUCCAACCAGAAUGGAAAUCGUAGAGCAUAUCGUAGAGGCCGAGAUCGGAACCGCAAUCCAAGUUCCACUCGCAUUUUACACAAUUCGACCAAAUGAUCCGAACAGGACAGAGGUUCCUUAUUCAUCAUGUUCCCAACUUCCGAUCAGAGUGGAGGUGGAAGACCCCAACUUCGUGUACGAUGCCAAAACACAUUAUCCAAACUUGAAGCCUGCUUGCGUCGUGUUGCCAAUUAUGGGAAAUGCACUUGGUUCUUCCCGAGUCACGGCGAUGUAUUCCGUUGGGGACAAGUAUUUUGAGGACUCUGUGAUCGUAUCGACUUUUAAACCCUUACAGACAACCGAACCAGAAAACGACCUCGUCGUAUUGGCUGUAGGAUCAAGUAAGGAACUUGUUUUUGAGGGAGGUCCGCGUCCACUGCUAGAGAAACAUUCCGGGUUUCAGAAAUCUUUGGAAAUUUUGAACCAAACGGUUGCCUCGCACCGUGCGUUGAAGUCUAUGACGGGCUUGAAGGAUGACGUCUACAUAUUUGAAGUAGUCUGUAAAGAAAUAGGUGACACAGACGCAGUCUUCCAGAUUGGAAAUACAAAGGUUUCGGAAUACUCGCAACCCAUCGUGCGGAUAAAAGUGGUACAAGUAAUUUGUGCCGAACCUGCUCAAAUGUAUUUCAAGGUGGAGUCCUCGCUCAAAUCAAAAUGUCCGAAUGACGGAUCAUCUGCACAAGUUGUUCGUGUCGCCAUUCCGAAUUAUGAAUCCACCUUGGUGUCUGUCGUCGUCAAGGACAAGGAGGGAAGGAAAUUUGACAACGUGACGAGCCUACGAAUCAAUUGGUUCUCGACACCGGCCCAGAUUGGAUUCGCCACGCCGUCGUACGCAGUCACUGAACCCAUACAUACCGCCUUAGGAUAUGUUGACACCGGGAAAGGACUGCAAAAUCUGUUGCCCAACAAAUUUUCUGGAAAUGUCGAAGUGACCGCUAAAGUCGUGGGGUAUCGGAAUGAAGUUCUUUCCCACUACAAAAUCAAGCCUCGCACUUUGGCUGCCACGACUGAGGAUGAAUUAUACGAAUUACAACACUCAAUGGAUCUGACCCUAGUUUCGGACGUGACCGUGUCGCCUUCGGCGUCCGUAUCGUUGUUUAACCAUCCAUCUAGCACGGCAACCGUAAAGGUGGCCGACGGUUCCGGCUAUUUCGAACUUGACACCCGAGGCUCCAACAAGAUCAAUGUUACAUAUAACGAACUGACUAAAACGAUGCAGAUCCGUCCUCUUCGACAAGGCAAAGCCUCCAUCCUCCUCAAAGACCUAUGCGUUUCGACCAAGAGAGAAACGGUCGUGGAUGUCGAAGUCACUGGAAUUGGAAAGAUAGAAGUCAUCACAGAAAAUAAAGUUCCUGUCGACGGGGAGAGAAUCUUGACCGUGUCGCUGCUCGACCACGCUGGGAAAUCGUUGCCUGGAGAAAUCAUAAAGUUGGCCCAACUGUCUUUGAAACCGAUGGCGCUUGAUGUUCUAGAUGUGAAACCAAUCCUACAAGGAGAUCGGGUACCGGCGGCGGCAAAGAUUCAGUACAAAAUCCUGGGCAAAAGGGUUGGUUGGGCGGAAAUCGUGUUCACUGCAGAAGAGGGGACAAUUCUCUCGGAUGUGAAGAAGAUUGACGUUUUUCCUCCGUUGAAGCUAAGCCCCAAAAAAGUUAUGAUUCUGCCCGGGAAUUUGGUCCAAGUGGUUGCCAAUGGCGGACCGAGCGAUUCGGAUAUUGUGUUCUCAACUAGUCCAGAGUCUAAAAGUAUCGUCUCUGUCGUUUCUGGUGACGGUGUGACUGGCAGCAUGAAAGCCUUGGCCCUAGGACAGGCCACCAUCACGGGUCGAGCAGUAGACCCCGCGACACGAAAAGCAUACUCGGAAGACACCGUUGAAGUGAAGGUCGUUCCAUUGACAGGACUCAAGGUCGUGGCGCCGCUCACCUAUCUCUACGAAGAUGAAAAGAUGCCCGUCUGGUUUAAAGGGAUCUCAGGAAGAAAUGAAAUUUUGCCAGACCUGCUCGUCUCUGCUGCCCCAUCCCUAACGAGUGUCGAGUGGAUCGUGAGCAGCGGCGAUAACGCGGAGAUUAUAGAAGUUUUUGAGCCUUCUAUGAGUUCAGUCUGGAUCGGAAAAGACAUUCGAGUACAACUACAUGCUCUCAAGGCGGGCAAUAUCACUCUUCAAGCUGUCGGAUAUUACAAUGGGAAUUACAUCUUCUCGCAAAAGCUUGAGAUUGAUAUCCGAAUAUAUCCCUACGGUUCAUCUUCCGAGUCGGGAAACAAUUUAAAUUUAUGGGUACUCUUCAGGACGGCCAUGACUGGUGCAUGGUAUUGGUUUUUCUUGCCAGCUAUAAUAAUGUCUAGCGUUCUGCUGGGAUCAAUUGCUUAUAACAUGUACAUUUAUGGAGAUGGUGGGAAUCGAAACACCAAAGUGGACACGUCCCUCUUCAUAAGUAGCCCAGUUUUCUCCUCACCUACGAGAUAUACUCCCAGUCCGCAGUCGUCGUCGCCCAAUCAGUCGCAGUCAUACACGCCUACGAGGAGUUCGACAUGUGGAGGAGGAUCAACAAGUACUGGAUUCUCGCCAAAUCAUAGGAGAUUAUUUUCUGCAGAUGAUAGCAGAAUGUAGUGCAGGGAGGAAAAUUAUUGUUAUAAGUGAACUUCGUAAAAAAUAUUAAUAUUUUUUACCAAACGAAAACCUAGACUGGAUUUAUGACGAUUAAUUUAAGAACUGCCAAACUGCUUACUUGUUACCAUUCAUUUACUUGAAUCGUUGUUAUAAGUUAGACUGUCAAGUACUUUUUGAAACUCAAUUAUUGUUAUUUAUUUACAUACUUUAUAAUCAUUUUUUGUUGUAUUUUUAGUAAUUAUUUUCUUUUGUGAAAUAUGUCUUACUAUUAGUUUUACUUUAAUUAAUUGUAAGGAGAUUUUUUGUCAAGGUAUUACUUAUGCAUUUCUAAAUUAAGAGUAUUUAUUUAUGGAGGAAGAUACCUGUUAUGGACCUUCCUCGUUGUGUGAUAUCUUCUCAAGUCGGCUCCUCAACUCAACGGUUAAUUAAGUGAAAUAGGUAAUUUUGUGUAAUUAAUUAAGAUCUAAGAUGAUACUUAAAAUGAAAACGAUCUGUGACGAGCAAUAAAAUUGGAAGAAAUGACUGAUAAAA